AUGAGCACAGAUAACGGAGACAACACUACACAAGCCAAAGGGGCUACGGGGGCUGCAUCCACUGCUCUUAAUGAAGUUGGUGCUGGGAUCCAAGUGCCACCAAACUCGGUCAGGGUUCUCAAAGAGUAUGGGGUUUUUGAUAGAUUUGAGGAAUACGUCACUAGACCAAAGAAUAUCAUCUUGAGGCGAUAUGACACAGGUGUUCCUUUGUCCACCACUCCAUUGGAUCCGGAUAUGACAAAUGCUUAUGGUAACCCGUACUUGUUGAUCCAUCGAGCUGACUAUCAAAAGUUACUAUACCAAGCUGCACUUGACCUCGGCAUUGAAUACAAGAAUGGGUGCAGAAUUAAGGAGGUUGAUGAGAGCACGGCUACAGUUGUUUUGGAAACGGGGGAAAAGUACACUGCAGAUUUGGUUGUUGGUGCUGAUGGUAUCAGAUCUAGGGUCAGAGAUACUGCUGUUGUUCCAGAGGAGACUGUUAAGCCCACCCCAUCCUCCAAUUGUGCAUACAGAGCCACGGUAUCAAGGGAGGAGAUGUUGUCUGACCCAGCUAUUGCUCACUUGGUGACAGAUGUCAACUCCAACUGUUGGAUUGGGUACAGAAGACACGUUAUGGCCUACCCAAUUAGGAAUGGAGAAUUGUACAACAUUGUUAUGUCGCACCCGGGACAAGCUUCUGUUGGUAGAUGGAAUGAGCCAGGCGACGUUGAAGAGAUGAAGAACCAUUACAAGAACUUUGAUCCGGUUGUUCGCCAAUUACUAACUCACGUAAAGGAUGUGUUGAAGUGGGUGUUGGCUGAUUUGCCAAAGUUGCCGAGGUGGGUGUCUCAGAGUGGUAAAGUUGCUUUGAUUGGAGAUGCUGCGCAUGCUAUGUUGCCAUACUUGGCUCAAGGUGCUGCACAGGCCAUUGAAGAUGGUGCUACAUUGGCACAGGAAUUGGACAACUGUGUUUCCACUAGCGAUAUUGCAAAGGCUCUACAAGAGUUUGAGAAGAAGAGAAAGAGAAGAGCUGAGACUAUUCAAGCUGGUGCUAAGAAGAAUGGUGAUAUCUGGCACUUGCCAGAUGGGGAGGAGCAAGAGGAAAGAGAUGCCUUGAUGAAGGCUAGAGACGGUGCCAAUCCAGACCAAUGGUCGGACAGAGGAUUCCAGCAAUGGUUGUUUGGUUGGAAUGCAUUCACAAACACAUUUGAAACGAAGUUGUGA